GGAAUAUUUAAAACAACAUAUUUUACAAUCGAUCAACAACAUGUAACAGGAAAAUCGAGGUUGUAAAAAAAGAUAUUAAGACGUGGUUAUUGUGUAAGGUUUGUUUUCAUCGUCUGCAUUCUGGUCGCUUACAACAGCAAACUUCCACGAACGAGGCUCUCCUGACCCUACGAGGCUGUCGGGGCCGCCAGGGGCGUUGACGACGCCAGCGUCUCCUCGUCUUCAACAACGUCCCGGAAGAACAAGAGGGCGCGCAGGACGAACUGAAGAGCAUAACAGUGCGUUGCGUAGUGCCUAUGUCCGACGUGACAGUGAUGUAUCCCCGUGUUACUAAUGGCAGGAUGGGGAAGACGUGCGGCAUCCUCAUCGUCGGCGACGAGAUCCUGAAGGGGCAGACGGCAGACACCAACUCGUUCUUUCUGUGCCGCCGCCUCUUUGCCUUGGGCGUCAAGGUGUCUCGAAUAACCGUGAUUCCCGAUUUGAUGGGGGAUAUUGCGGAGGAGGUGUCGAGAUUCUCCAAGAAAUUCGACAUCGUCAUCACCUCCGGCGGCGUCGGCCCGACUCACGACGACGUCACCUACGACGGCGUCGCUCAGGCCUUCGGGCAAGGGUUGACGUACAACGAGGAGAUCGCAGACGUCAUACGCCAGUACCUGCCUGAAGGAGAGGCUGCGAAGCCGUCCCAUCCGGCCUACAAGAUGGCGAGCAUUCCUGACGGCGCGGUGCUACACUACCUCCGCGACGAGAGCGACGUCCUCGUGUGCAAAUUCCCACUGGUGUCGCUGAAGAACGUGUACAUGUUCCCCGGCAUCCCGGCCUACCUGGAGCGCGACUUCCACUACCUGGAGAAGCUCUUCUACAGCCCCGAUACCAAGUUCCACGUCAGGGACAUCUUCCUGUCGGAGGACGAAAAUAAUCUGACGGGGAAGCUGAACGAUCUGGUGAGCCACAGCCCGGCGGUGACGGUUGGGUCUUACCCCGAAGUGAACAACAGGUACUACCGCACUCGAGUCUCCCUGCAGAGCGAGUCCGAGUCCGAGCUGCUGGAGGCCGAGGAGUACCUGAGGUCUUCCUUUAGCGACGAGGUCAUCGUUGACUUCGAUAUCAACAGCAUUAGCCAUGCAGGGAGAAGGAUUUAUGACAUCAUCGCCCUACGAGGGGAACCCCACCUCUCUGGACCCAUCGCUAGUGCUGUGAAGAUUCUAGAAGAAUGUCUGGAUCGGUAUUCCACUGACGAGAUCUGCAUAAGCUUCAAUGGAGGCAAGGACUGCACAGUCAUCUUGCAUCUAUUGCAUGGAGUACUGCUUCACAGAUACCCAGAAAACACCCCAUCUAUCCAGGCAGUCUAUAUCACCUGCAGCACGCCUUUUGAUGAAGUGGAAGUCUUUAUUGAUCAGAUGGUCAAAAGGUAUAAUGUAACACUAUGGAGGAUAGAAGGACCUAUCAAGAAAGGCCUUGAGGAACUGACAAAGAAAGAACCAAAAGUGAAAGCAAUUUUGAUGGGUACCCGAUGGACAGAUCCCUACUCCAAAACACUCCAGCCAUUCCAGAUGACUGAUGAAGGCUGGCCUCAGUUCAUGCGUGUUUCUCCUAUUCUGGAUUGGAAUUACCAGACAGUGUGGACUUUCCUGAGAACACUGUCUGUCCAGUACUGCACCCUUUAUGAUCAUGGGUACACUUCACUUGGAGGGAUACACAACACGAUCAAGAACCCACACCUGAAGUACAGUGGAGAAGAUAAGAAGGAACACCAUUAUCCUGCUUACUUCCUGAAAGACAUGGCUUUAGAACGUGCUGGCAGGACAUAGUAUAAAGUGCGCUGUUUAAGCAUCUAUAUAAAUAAAUAGCCACAACCAGAGCCAUGGAUGUAAAAGUACAGGCUUCCUUAUUGUAAAUAAAACCAAGGACUAGAAAACAUACAAAUAUGUUGACUUCUUUGCUGUAUUGCUUCUUCAGGUAAUACAGUUCUUCCCUUUGUUGUUUUAUAUGCAAUUUGUUCAACAUGAAUCCAGCACAGGUUUCUUUUUAUACGCAUCCAGGGCUUUCUUUGAUUAUAAUAAUAAUAAUGAAGAUUAUUGUUUUAAAAAUUUGUGAAGUUGAGUGAUGUAGAAAUGUUAGUAAGCAUUGACUGACGGGAAAGAGUCAGGCAAAAAAAGAGAAAAGAAAAAAAUGAAAAAGAAAGGUAGCAAAAGAGAGAGGGAAAAAAUAUUUAAAGAUAAAUAGAUAGAAUGAAAGUAGUAAGAUAUUAAGAUAAAAGGAGUAUGCUUGUUUGCAUAUUGGUGUAGGUUGGGUUUAUUUAUACUGUAAAUAUCGUAAGUCCUUCAAAUUUGGUCAGUUAUAUGAUAAAUAAAUAAAGGAAAUUGAUCAAUAUGGAGGUAUUUCUUUUAAAUGAUAUAUUUACUUAUUUUCAUCUACCCUUAAAUGCAUAAACUUUUAUAGGUCUCAUAGCAAGAUUCUUUCUAUGAAUUAUAUUAUUUGUUAAUGACCUUAGCAGAAAUUUACUGUACACAAUUGCAGUAACAAUUUAUUUAUUUUUUUUUUUUUUUCCCAUUCCAUGUAAAGAUUAAUAUUAAACUUUCUUGAAAUGUUAAUUGAAUCCUUAUCAGUACUUUACAGAAAAUACAAUCAUAUAGAAUCAUGUGUAUUGUACCAAUAGAAUUUUUACAGAUUAUAAGGUACUUUUAGAGUUGUGAUUAUUUAAGUAAUUGUGGAAUUUACUUUCAUUAAAUUUCUCACGGUUGCAAGUCUUUGAUGUUACUUCUGUAUAUUUUGUGUUUGGGGAUUUUCUUUUCAUUUGGGCACAGGAGUCAGUUGUGUUGAUUAGUAAGGAACAAAAAUAUAUAUAAAUAUCUGAAAUAUAAUGUAUACAACUUGUAUCCUAAGGAAUCCUUGCCACUUACUCAACAUAUUUGAAUGGGUGCUGUUCACUAAUUAUUCGUUCAGAAAAAAUGUAUUACAUUCUACCUUCAUAAGUCUUUAGGAAGUGAAGACUUUCUGAAUACCAUUGUACCUGUUUUGUCAUAUAUUCAACAGGAAAAAAUGUCUUAUUAUAUGACAUGCAAAUCAAACUAAUUUAAAUGCAAGCAUUCAAAUAGCUUUACAUGAACACUUAAUUCCAUGCUUGUAGAUAUUCUUGACAUUACAACUACAGUGAUUCAUUUCAUUAUCUGCUGUCUUGUGAAACUGUGGCUCCACUUGGAUGUUAAACAUAAUGACUUAAUUUUGUGGUUAGUUAAUUUAGAAUGAAUUGUUACUUCAUACAAGGGGAAUAUGUGAAAAAUCCUCUAAUUUAAAAAAAUUGUUGACUAUUACUUGGGAGUACUAUAUGGAAUAUUUGCUUUUCUUUUUAAAUAUGCAAAGUGAGGAAACUUUAAGCAAAAUAGACCAUGGUAAAGAGAUUCAUAGAGGAUUAGCUAGACAGCCCACCGAUAUAUAAUUUAACAAGCUGAGGUACCUUACGAAGGGCCUAUCCAAAGGAAAUACAUGUUUACCAUAUUUAAAUAGGAAGCUGCGGUCACAGGAGUGUGGAAUAAGCGGAGUCCAAUAAAAUUGCAAGAAUUUA